AUGAGUAUCUUCCAAAGCAGGAAAACAGUCCUUCUUCAUGAUAUGACCUCUAUCCAGAAAUAUCUGAGAUAUGCUGCAGACUAUCAUGCUGAAUAUGCUAAGACUUGGAAAACGAUGGGCGAGAAUCUUUUCCAGAUGAUGACAGGACAAAACUCAGCUAUUACACCACAAAUGACACGCUUUUCAGAGAUUAUGGCUGAGAUCGGUCAAUGCCAUGAGCGUUUAGCUGCUGAAGAACUCAGAAACUCCGAAGAUUUUAAUGAUAUUAUUGAGAGAUACAACGUUCUCUACCGUACUAAUAGCGAACAUGUUGCUGCUAAGGAAAAGUAUAAAGCAGCAUGCGCAGCUCUCGAAAAGGCUAUUGAAACCGACAAAGCCGAGGAAUCUAGACCAGACUAUGAAGCAAAGCGCAAAGUUAAAUGCCAAAAUGAAAUUGAAAAGCAAAGAAGCAACAAAGCUCAGACACUUAAAGAUACAAUUUCAACAUUAGAAGCUCUUAUUGCAACAAGAACCAAAUACAGCGCGUUCAAAGUCAGGAGACUUAUUUCUGGCUGGAACCGCUUCGGCCAUGCUCUUAAGGUUGAAAGCCAGAACGAAAUCGACUUAAUUGCCAAAGCCCAAGAUGUUUUGGACGAAAUCAAGAAUACAAAGGUUGUCGAUCCAGAAAACUUAAAGAAUAUGGAGCGCGCAAUCGAAAGCCAUAUCGAGGCUGCCCCAGCUCCAGCAAUUGUUCCAACUCAGGAAACAUUUGAAGAAGCAAACAAAGCUUUCGAUGCUCCACCAGUUGAUGAGGAACCAUUAAACAUCCCAGAGCAGCAUCAGGCUCCAGAAAUUCCAGAAGAACCACACGAAGAGCCAAUUGAAGAACAUCAUGAAGAUCUAGUAUUACCAGACGAAGACUAUCAACCAGCUCCAGAAGGUGUUAAUCCAUUUGAGUAA